UUGCAAUCUUUUGUAUCCGCCAUGAAGUUUACCACGGUGGAUUACAUUAUCUUCGCGCUGCUCUUGGUGCUGUCCUCGGCCAUCGGGCUCUACUAUGCCUUGAGCGGGGGAAAGCAGCGCACCACGCAGGAGUUCCUGCUGGCCAACCGUAACAUGGGCUUCUUCCCGGUAGCCUUGUCUCUCCUGGCUACAUUCCAGUCGGCCGUGGCCAUUCUUGGCGUCCCGUCGGAGAUGUAUCGGUUUGGGACGGAGUAUUGGUUCCUUGGCUGCUCCUACAUCCUCGGGUUGCUGAUUCCUGCGUACAUCUUCAUUCCAGUUUUCUAUCGGUUGCGGCUUACUAGUACCUAUGAGUACCUGGAGCUACGGUUCAGCAAAGCCGUGCGAAUCUGCGGAACCAUCACCUUCAUAUUCCAGAUGGUGAUCUAUAUGGGAGUGGUGCUGUAUGCUCCCGCGCUGGCCUUUAAUGCAGUUACCGGAUUCAGCCUGUGGGGGGUGGUGUUGACUAUGGGGCUGGUCUGCACUGUGUACACGACUCUGGGAGGUCUAAAGGCCGUUAUCUGGACGGACGUCAUUCAGACGCUGGUGAUGUUUGCCGGACAGCUUGCGGUUAUCAUCGUUGGUACCGCAAAGGUGGGCAGCAUCGGGGAGGUCUGGCAAAUCGCCAUCGACGACAAUAAGAUCUCCGGGAUAAACUUCAACCCGGAUCCCUUCACCCGUCAUUCCAUCUGGUCCCUGGCCUUUGGCGGCAUCUUCCUGAUGUUGUCAUUAUAUGGGGUGAACCAGGCCCAAGUGCAGCGCUACCUGAGCUCACGGACUGAGAAGGAGGCCAUCAUGUCCUGCUACGCGGUGUUUCCCUGCCAGCAAUUGGUUCUCAGUCUUGGCUGUCUGACUGGCCUGGUGAUGUACGCUUAUGACAAAAAGAACAAUCUCUUCACCCCGGAAAUCAAAGCCGUCCCUGACCAGAUGGUUCUGUAUUUUGUGAUGGACAUUCUGAAGGAUUUUCCCGGCCUCCCGGGUCUGUUUGUGGCCUGCCUGUUCAGUGGAGCCCUCAGCACCAUCUCCUCUGCGUUCAACUCUCUGGCCACGGUCACCAUGGAGGAUCUCAUCAAGCCGCACUUCCCCGGCCUCACGGAGGCCAAGGCCACGCUCUUGUCUAAAGGCCUUGCUUUCGGCUACGGCAUCGUCUGCCUGGGAAUGGCCUAUCUCUCCUCUCUGAUGGGCUCCGUCCUGCAGGCAGCGUUGAGUAUUUUCGGCAUCGUCGGAGGUCCCCUCCUCGGCCUCUUCUCUCUUGGAUUUUUCUUUCCGUUUACCAAUGGCACCGGAGCCAUCAGCGGUCUGAUUGCUGGGCUGGUCAUGGCGUUUUGGAUCGGCCUGGGUAGUUUUAUGAGCAGAUUGCCGGCCUCCUCUUCUGGCCCUCUACUGAAUGCCACCAGUAUGCCGGACGUGGGGAACUUCACGACCGCCAUUGUGACCACCCUGCUGACCUCUGGAAACGCGACGAAAAGUGUCACCGGUCUGCAGAGGUUCUACAGUCUCUCCUACAUGUGGUACAGCGCUCACAACUCCACCACCGUCGUCAUCGUCGGCAUCAUCGUCAGCCUGCUGACAGGGCCGAUGAAGGGGAAGGAUGUGAACCCCCGCACAGUGUACCUCGUCCUCCCAAAGCUGCUCUUCUUCCUGCCGGAGAGAUACAAGGAAAGGUUGCGGUUUGGGGUGCCACACAUACCAGAGGAUGAACAGAUCCUUCCGAAGCCCUUGGUGGCCGACAAAUCAUGCAACGGUUUCCUGAACGGAAGUGUGAAGGGGACGGACAAAGAUGAAAUGGAGGAGAACUUCACGGGCAUGUCUCGCCCCGAUGGCGGACACUCAUAUGUGGUCCAUGAGACUUCUCAUCUGGUUUCCAGGAGACGGAGGGUAGGUGGGAACAAAGGCCACCCACACACUGGUAAAUAUCAAUAUGCUGAAGGUGAUGUUUUUGGCUUCAUUGAAACGGUCCGGGAAAUCCUUGGCUAG